AUGAGUAUCUACAAGAAAGGUGAUACUGUGGACAUCAAGGGAAAGGCACUGUUCAAAAAGGAGUGCCCCAGUGUCACCCAGCAUGCUGUUGCUGUUGUCAUGAACAAACAAGUUAAAGGCAAGAUUCCUGCCAUGAGAGUCAGUGUACUUAUUGAGCAUAUUAAGCGUUCAAAGAGCAGAGACGGCUUCCUGAAGCAGGUGAAGGAAAACGAUCCAAUGGAAGCCAAAGAGAGAGGUACUUGGGCUCAGCUGAAGCGUCCAGCCUGCCCCACGCAGAGAAGCACAGUUUGUGAGAGUCGAUGGAAAGAGCCGGAGCUGGCGGAGCCCAGUCCCUGUGAAUGCACGGCAUGA